AUGUGUCCGGAGUUUCUCAAUCUCAAUGCUGAAGUUUUUAUGCGUCUUUUUCACGCAGUUCAACAUCCAUUAAAGUGUGAGGGCUGUAAACGCGAGCCAAUUGUCGGUCUGCGCUAUAAAUGCACUCGCUGUCCGAGGUACAACUUGUGCCAGGAUUGCUUUUGGACCGGAAUCACCACCGAUCCCCACACCAAUAGCCACGAUGUGAAAGAGUACACCUCUGCAACGUACCGGCUAUAUCGUCCUGGUUUGCCGCCUCAAAUGUUACAGUCAGGUGGCAUGCCUCCUACAUUCUACUACUCUGUACCCGGACCUGGCCCGACCGCCAUAGCUCGUCCACCGCCAACACCGGUGAUGCAAACACGCGCCUUCCAUAGAGCUGCUUCGGUGCCGCUUCAAUCACAGGCACCGCUGCCACCGCCACCACCAGCCCCACAGCAACAACAACAAGGAGUCUUUGCACCAGGCUUCAACCCCACCACGGUACAACCGCUGUCUCCGCUUGCAAGGGGUAAGAUCACUUCUAAUACCUAUGGAAAAACGCACAGAACUAAAACUCACAGGAAAUUAAAUUUCUGA